AUGGAAGAUGUGGCUCAUCCGACGGUGGCUUUACAUGUCAAGGAUCACAAUUUGGUGUUUGUUGUGGUGUCGAUGGUCGCUGGUGGCCGUUAUGAGCAGUUCCACGUUCACCUCAGGUCUUACCCCAUCAAGCAGUACCAUUUCUUCAUCAUCCAAUGGAGUAGGAUCCUCUUCAAGCUUGUCGCCCUCUUCCAGCUUUGCGACCGGAAUCUCAGAAGUGAGCACAUCAACGUCUUCGCGGAUUUCAAUUGCUUCACUCCUCUUCCCUUCUUCUUCUUCUUCUCCGCCAAUUUCUUCUACUCCAAGCUCUUCUUCCUCUUCAUCUGCUGUUCUAGUCAACAGUACCCCAGCUACCAGCAGCCCCCAUGA